UAGAGGAAAGUAGUUCUUUCUUGAGUGUUACAAUGAAAAUAAUUAAAGCAAUUUUAAGAUUUUGGAAUCAAUACAAUUUUGUGGGAAGAUUAUUUUGGACUGCAACAAUGGCAAUAUCUUUUUUGGGAAUGAUAACAUUUUGUUAUUUCACAUUUAAAAGAUAUUUUUCUGACCCAGUUAGCAUGAUCGUGGAUACCGAAUACAUACACUGGAAUUUCUCAUUUCCUGCCGUAAGCAUAUGUCUCAUAAAAGGGAAGUUCUCUUCAUCUCUAAUACCGUUGAUAGACAAAUUUAACAUAACUUAUAAAGGCUCCAAAACAAACUUCUUACGAUUAGUGCAUACGUGUAUGUUCGAAAACUCUUUACGCUUUGAUUUAACACAACUUAAAAAAUGUGGGGAAUUAGAAUCUGUGUAUGGAAUAGAUGUGGAAGAAAUAAAUGCAAUGGUCUUGCCACAGGAUUGCAAACAGAUUUUAGAUUUUCUUUCCUUUAAUAAUAAACUUUUGAUUAACUGCUCAAGGUUCCUCAAAUUUCACAAAACAGAAAUUGGAUAUUGCUUCAUUUUUAACACUAUAAUCGAUAAUAACUUUUCGUUUGAAAAUCUUAAGUCGAAAUAUACUUACUUUUCAAAGACAAAAAAACUUUCAAUGAGGCUGAAGGGUUUCAAACUUUGGAGGUAUACUGUUCAGGUUCAUAGCCCCGAAGAAAUACCUUUUUUCAAUUCGAUUUCUAAAGAAAUGUACACUUCGGAAAUUUUACAUAGCUAUAGUGUUGAGAUAGUGACAACUAAUUUAGAUGCUUCUAAAAAAUCUAUUGGACAAAGGGGUUGCAGAUUUCCUCAUGAAAAACUGAAUGGAUCUCCAUUUCACUACAGUUUUUCUACUUGCAUGAGCUUCUUAAAAAUACAACUGGAGCUAAAAGAAUGUAACUGCACGCAUCCAUCAUCUCCCGAAAUAUACCGCUCAAGUUACUGCGACCUAUCAGGAAAGAUUUGCCUUUUGAAUGGGAAUAUUAAUAGCAAAGUUUUUUAUUUAGCUAUGAAGGAGGACAUUUGCGUGCCGUCAUGUAUAGAACAAAUUUUGGAAUAUUCUGGGCAAAGUGAAUUAGGGUCAAAAGAUAACGAUAGCUCUACUGACAUUACAAUUGAAGUCCUAAACACUCCAACAUCACGCUUCAAACGAUCCGUCAUCCGUACAAAAUUAGAUUUGGCAGGUAAGAAAAAUUAGAUUCUAUAAUUUAAUUUUGACCUUACUUUGAUAUUUUACAACAAAACAAACACAACACAAAAAUUAUACCUUUCUGUGAAUUGUAAAUUCAUCUCUU